UGCGGCUCUGCCUGCCCCCCGCCCAGCUGCCAGGAGCCUGACAGCUCUGGAGACUCCUGCGACCUGCCCUGCGUGGAGGGCUGUGUCUGCAACGACGGUCUGGUCCUCAGCGGAGACAAAUGCGUCCCGCUGAGUGAGUGCGGCUGCACGGAUGAGGAUGGACAGUACCGACCCGUCGGAGACACCUGGUUCACAGAGACUGACUGCUCGGAGCGUUGCAAGUGCAACGGCAACCACAACAUCACCUGCGAGCCGUGGCAGUGCAGUCCUGCACAGGAGUGCAAGGUGGUGGAGGGCGUGCUGGACUGCCACUCUACAGGUAAAGGAGUGUGCCAUGUGGCCGGAGAUCCGCACUACUACACUUUUGACGGUGUGAUGCACACAUUCAUGGGAACCUGCACAUACACACUGGUGGAGGUGUGCAACAAAACUCUGGUCACGGACUUCAGGGUGGUGGCUAAAAACGAGGAGCGAGGUCAACCAGAGGCGUCCUACGUCCGCUCAGUCAAAGUCUUCCUGCCUCAGGACACCGAGGUGGAGCUGCAGAAGGGCCGCAGAGUCCUGCUGAACGGGCGGCGGGUGCGGACACCUUUGACCAUUGACACCAUUGGAGCCAAAGUGAUCACCAGUGGAUCCUACAGCCUGCUGGACACCAGCUUUGGCCUGCAGGUGAAGUUUGACGGAGUCCACCACCUGGAGAUCACAGUUCCUGGAGAAUAUUUUAACAAGUUGUGUGGCAUGUGUGGAAACUACAACCACGACUCCUCUGACGACAACCUUAAGCCAGACAAGCAGCCGGCCAAAGACGUGAUUGAACUGGGCAACAGCUGGAAAUCUGAAGGGGACAGCGAUCCGGG